AUGCAUGGCUAUUUACGUCCAAUUCUGACAGAGCACUGGAAGGACAAAGACCCUGAUAUGAAGAUCUUUGGUCCAAUGCCUCCUGGUGUUGCAAUCAAAAUGAACUACAUCCAGCAUAUGAAGAGAAGCAAAUACUGUAUUUGCCCCGAGAGUUACGAGGUCAACAGCCUACGAGUGGCUAUACUAUUUUCAGAAGUAUAG